GGUCUUAAAGGGCCCGGGGGCUCAACCGCGACCCUGUCCUGCUGGGCGGGCGGUGUGAGCGCAGGAUGCGCGCGGGGCGCGGGGCACCAUGCAAUGGCGCUCGGUGGUGCUGGGGCUCGUGCUGCUGAGGCUGGGGCUGCACGCGUUGCUGUGGCUGCUCUCGGGCCUGGCGCCCGGACUGGGCCUGCGCUUCCCCUGGGCUCUGCCGCCGCCGCCGCGCUGGCUGGGCCGGGCCGAGAGCGAGAGCGGCCUCGCGCCGACGGCUGGGCGCUGCUGGGGCCCGCACUGGGCCGCGCUGCGGGGCCGCAAUGGCGGCGGCGGCGAGUAUGAGCAGCGCUACAGUGGCGCCUUCCCCGGCCCGCUGCGGGCCCAGCUCCGCGACGCUGCGCGCGGCAUGUUCGCCUUCGGCUACGACGGCUACAUGCACCACGCCUUCCCGCACGACGAGCUCGACCCCAUCCACUGCCGCGGCCGCGGGCCCGACCGCCGUGACCCUUCAAAUUUGAAUAUCAAUGAUGUCCUGGGAAACUAUUCACUAACUCUGAUUGACGCACUGGAUACCUUAGCGGUAAUGGGAAAUUCCUCAGAGUUCCAGAAAGCAGUGAAGUUAGUGAUUGACACAGUUUCUUUUGACAAAGAUUCAACAGUCCAGGUGUUUGAGGCAACGAUCAGGAUUUUGGGAAGUUUGCUGUCUGCCCACAUCAUAAUUACAGAUACUAAGCAGCCCUUUGGUGACAUGACUAUUAAGGAUUAUGAUAAUGAACUCUUGCAUAUGGCUCACGACCUGGCAGUGAGAUUACUACCUGCCUUUGAGAACACCAAAACUGGAAUUCCGUAUCCACGGGUGAAUCUGAAGAAUGGCGUCCCUCCAGAUAGCAAUAAUGAGACCUGUACUGCAGGAGCUGGCUCUUUGUUGGUGGAGUUCGGGAUGCUUAGCAGGCUGCUUGGGGAUUCCACGUUUGAGUGGGUGGCUCGACGAGCUGUUAAAGCACUCUGGAACCUCCGAAGCAAUGACACUGGACUGUUAGGGAAUGUUGUGAAUAUUCAAACUGGCCAUUGGGUUGGAAAGCAAAGUGGCUUAGGAGCAGGAUCAGACUCGUUCUAUGAAUAUCUUUUGAAGUCCUACAUUCUCUUUGGAGAAAAGGAAGACUUGGAGAUGUUCAAUGAUGCUUAUCGGAGCAUUCAGAAUCACUUAAGAAGAGGGCGAGAAGCCUGCAAUGAAGGUGAAGGUGACCCUCCUUUGUAUGUUAAUGUAAACAUGUUCAAUGGUCAGCUGAUGAACACCUGGAUUGACUCUCUGCAAGCCUUUUUUCCUGGACUGCAGGUUUUAAAAGGAGAUGUGGAAGAUGCUAUUUGUCUCCAUGCCUUCUAUUAUGCUAUAUGGAAGCGUUAUGGAGCUCUCCCAGAGAGGUACAACUGGCAGUUGCAGGCACCAGAUGUCCCCUUCUAUCCACUAAGGCCAGAGCUGGUGGAAUCUACUUAUCUUCUUUAUCAGGCCACCAAGAAUCCUUUUUACCUUCAUGUUGGGAUGGAUAUUUUACAGAGUCUGGAGAAAUACACAAAAGCCAAAUGUGGCUAUGCUACGUUACACCAUGUUGUAGAGAAGUCUAAAGAGGACCGAAUGGAGAGCUUCUUUCUCAGUGAAACAUGUAAAUAUUUGUAUCUGUUAUUUGAUGAAGAGAACCCAGUGCACAAAUCUGGAAAUAAAUAUUUGUUUACUACUGAAGGGCAUAUUGUGUCUGUGGACAAACGUUUUCGUGACUCAGUAUGGCAAGAUAUCUUCCCAGAAGAGGAGGAAAAGAAUGCACAAAAACUCAAACCCAGUGAAGUUAAAGCAGUCAACUUCAGCUCCAAUUGUAAUAGAGUCCCUGAUGAGAGGAGAUACUUGCUGCCACUGAAGAGCAUCUACAUGAGACAGAUAGAUCAAAUGGUGGGCUUGAUUUGAGCUGUUCUCCCCAGCAAUGCUUUGUCCUAGGACGGAAGUGGAGUUUGUGGUGUAGACAUUUCUCUUCAGCUACACCC